AUGACUAAACCCAGCCAGUUAUUCUUGUUGGCAGACCAUAUCAAGCUUUCUCUCCUAGAGCGCCAACGGGCGACCAGCCUCGAUUUGGAUGGUGAUGAUAGUCAAGAUGGACAUAUCUCCCGGUCGCUAGACCAGUUCCGCUCGGCUCUCGCAUCUCUUGAACAAGAUCAGUCUCAACAUGAGCAAGAAAGGGAUACUGAAUCUGCGGACUCUUUGGCGAGUCUGCGUCGGCAGUUGGAGGACUUGACAGCUCAGUUCCACGGCUUCACCAACGCAUCUAUAGAGCACACUCUCACCGAACCAAACUCGACUGAACUAGCAGAAGACUUUUCCCAUGCAUCCUCUCGAAGAGCAAAAACUGUACGCUUCAGUGAUUCUUCACUUUCGCCAUCCGCACAACCGCAAGGACCGUAUCGCGACGACCCAGUGUCAGAUUCGGCUGGAUAUCGUGAUCGAGCCAUGGAAAUGACAAAUCAACAGUUGCAUCAAUAUCAUUCACAGAUAUUAGAAGAACAAGACGAACAACUAGACCGCUUGGGAGAGUCAAUUGGUCGCCAAAGAGACAUCAGCAUUCGAAUCGGAGACGAAUUGGACGGCCAUGUGGCAAUGUUGGACGAAAUGGACACCACUGUUGACCGUUACCAAGGCCGUCUGGACCGAGCCAAAGGCGCACUAGGAAGAGUGGCAAAGGGAGCUGGAGAAAAUAAGCAAAUGACGGCCAUAGUCGUGCUCAUUAUCAUUUUGAUACUACUAAUUGCGAUUUUGAAAUAG